AUGGCAUCGGAUUAUUUCCCUCUCAACGAUGAGGACGGGAUCCGUAUGGCAGCUGCGAAGCGUUGGAAGUGGCCAUUGAAGAAGGACGGAGUCAUGCUUGCGCUUGCACAGCUCGAGAGCCUUAAAUCCCUGUUGCUGGUGUAUCUGGGCAUACUUCAAUAUGCUAAGAUCGCUGCCAGAUCGUCAAACAGUGACGUAGAGAUACUGACGCAGAAGACCCAGCUUGUGCCGCUGAUUCGAUCGAAGGACGAUGCCAUCUCUGCAGAGAAGGCAUUGGCUACGACCGUCCACUACGAAGCUGAUGACCGGCCGCUUGCAACAGCCAGCUCGCCCAACCCUAGGAAGCGCUCGCUGGGAUCUGUUGGCCAUGACGCAAACUCAGGACCCCGCCGAAAAUAA